UACAUUCAAUACGUUUUUUGUGUAUCUACCUUUUAAACUCGCACAAUCCAUACAGUGAAAAGGAUAUCUAUGUGGCUAUAUAAAACUUUUCAAAAUUUAUUGAAAGUUAAUGGCAAAGUUUGUUUGAAUUACGUAUUUGAAUACACGGCAGUCGCAUUUAUAUUGAAGCGGGAGCUAAAGCAUUUAUUACCUGAUAAUAGAUUUUGUCAAGGUGCAAUAUAGAAGUGAAGGAAAGCUAGUUUAAAUUCCCUGGUUACAGUGGAUUGAGUGACAUAUACUUUCAAUUUUCACGCAGAAUGUAGUUAAUAUAUUGGAGUAAGAAAUAAAUUAUUAUAAAUGUCAUUUAAUUUACAAAAGUGAGGAUAUAACUUAAUAAAAGGAAUCAAAAUCAAAUUAACUUGUUAAAUUAUUCGUAUAAGGUUACCUAGGAAAUAAAGAUGCCGGGGCGAUACCACACCUCAUAUGAAGUCUACAGAGAUUAUAACUCAGACGACAUUCUGGACGAGAUAUAUCCAGGUCCAAUUGAGGGUGUUUACACUCCUCAACCAAUGGACGCUCGUAUAACACCACAAUAUGAUGAUGAUUCUCCAAUCGUAGGCCGCAUCUCAUCAGCUAGACCAAAGUCAAGGCUUAGAACAUCCGGGCGUCCACAGUCUCGUUUAGACGUCGGUGUUCAGGAUUUUUACAACACGCCACCAAUACACACAGAAAAGAAAUCACGCCCUCAGAUCUCGGAAACCCAGUAUAACUAUGCAAUACCAGAUGAGUCGAUCCGACCUACAUCCCCGGUCCAACGUCUUUUGAACAGAUGGCAUACCCAACCAAAUAUGUCAAUGCAAGGACCACCACCAGGUUCACAAAUGGACCCCAUUACAAGACAGUAUUACCACCGAGUAUGGAGCUCUAAAAACCUUCCUUCGACUUCCAAUGAUGUGCAUUUGAAUAGAUAUGGACGAGCUGGUGGUGUAUGGCGACACGUCCGCGCAUGCGUGGCAAACACAGGAACACAGCUUGCAUUUAUAGACGGUACAGUAAAGGAGGAAGACAACGUAUUUUUCCCACCCUGGAAGAGCGCAAACACCUCCCUACAGAGGAGAGCGUCUUUCACCGCCUACAACAGUCAACCUAACCAAAUAUCGGCCAAUUUUAUACCCCCUACACAGAAGCACUUACCACCUAGAUCGGCGAAAUAUAGGAACAAAUACCACACGCAUGCCAAGGAAGGCUUGAAAUACUGGUAUCAGGAACCUAAACCUAUAGACUCUAAGCGAAUCGAACUCGCCCGCCGUCGCAUUUUGAUGAACCGGACAAAGCAACCGGCUUCGAUUUGUUAAUGACUGAGGAAACUUCACUUUAAAGAAUAGUAAGAGGCGACACGACAAGGCUGCGAGCAAGAAUUGUUGGAAACGUUUUCGGAUAAAACAUAUUUCGGAUAAAACAUAUUUCGGAUAAUACAUUAAAAUGAUUCAGUUCCAUUACAGAACAUCGAUUAUGUCUUCAUUUCUGAUAUCACAAUAUUCUAAUUCAAACAUUUGUUUUCAAACAAUGUUAGCGCAUUGGUAUUUAGUACAUAUUUCAUAAAAAAUCACAUACAGUAUAUGACAAUGUUAAGAUAGGAAUAAAGUUCGCUUAUGUACUUUAAAAUUAAAGAACUGAUAAGUGACUAUUUAGAAGUGAUAAAAAAGACGUAUACUGUGAAUUAUCAUCUAUAAAACAGAUUCAAUACAGUAUCAAACGGAUAUUCGAGCUUAUUUUCAUGAAUAUUGUUAGAAACGUCAGUAAUUCAACACUCCAGUCUGUUAAUUAUAAAUAAUGAUAAAUAUUAUCAUAUUUGACUUUUUAUUUAUUAUAAUUUGUUGUAGAUUAGCCAAAUUUAGCGUGCAUGUUUUCAAUUUUCCUGAAAUAAAGAAUGGUAUUAUC